AUGAACUCUCAGGCCCUCCUUGACACCAUCACCGCCGAUGCUCAAGCACACGUCGCCUUUCUCCAGCGCCUCGUCCAGGCUGCCUCCCCCAACCCACCGGGCGAUACUCGCGCUGCGGCUGCUGUGAUUCGUGACUACCUGUCUUCGCAGCACAAUAUCCAAAGUCACGUCAUUGCACCCGGCGGAGAGCAAGCCCCCAAUGUGCUCGCCGACUUUGCCUGUGGUGACGUGCAGGGCCCGAGGCUUGUCAUGAACGGACACAUGGACGUAUUCCCCGCUGGAGACGGGAAGGACUGGGAACGCAACCCGUGGUCGGGGGAUAUUGUCGAUGGUAGACUGUGUGGCAGGGGCACGGUAGACAUGAAGGCCGGCACUGCGGCAAGCGUGAUCGCCUUUGGCUAUAUCCAUCGGUACAGGGAGCAUUUAAGCGGCAGCGUUGGACUGUGUGCUGUAAGUGACGAGGAGACGGGUGGCAAGUUCGGCACGAGGUGGCUGUUGGAGCAUGACGAAGAUGGGAAUGAGCUCGCCCGCGGAGAGAAGAGCAGGUGGGCGGGUGAUGUGGCCAUCAACGCCGAGCCUGGGGGUCUGAAUACGAUCCGCUUCGCGGAGAAGGGGACGCUAAGGUUGACUUUCGUGGUCGAUACGGGCCCUGGGGCCCACGGGGCUUUUACACACUUAAGCAAGAGCGCGACAAGGAUUGCUGCCAACCUCAUCUCUGAGCUGGCUGUUGUUGAGGAUAUCGUGCCCGACUUGGACCCGGGGCUCCGGAAGUACUUGCAGAGGGAGGAUGUGAGAGAAGAAAUCGACAGAUGUAUGGGGAAGGGAGCGGCCGAUAUUGCCAUGAAAUGUACACUGAACAUCGGCACGCUCCACGGCGGUCUAAAAGUGAAUAUGAUACCUGGGCAUUGCGUAUUCGAGGCGGAUAUCAGGAUGCCCCUGGGCCUCAAGGCGGAUGCUGUCAUGGCUGUGAUCCAUCAGGUCCUGGAGAGAUAUCCAGAAGCCAAGGUCGAAAUUCAAACGGCUGCCAGCAACCCGGCCGCUGCGUGCGAGCACGACCACCCCAUGGUGGAUAUUCUGGCCCGAAAUGCGCAGAGGGUCACUGGACGGAAGCCGUUGGCGAUACCGAGCAUGGGGGCGACGGACUGCAAAUUCUAUCGCUACCAUGGUGUCCCAGCGUACAUUUUUGGGGUGCCACCGGAUACCAUGGGCGCAAAGAACGAGAGUGUCUCGGUUGAGGACUUCAUGGCAGUCGUGAAGACACACGCGCUCGCGGCUUGGGAGUAUCUAGGCGGCGCGGUAUAG